AUGUCUCUGUCUUCUAUCGUAGUGCAGCUUUCAGGUACUGAGGUACGUUUCCGUCCUGGUAUUAUAACAGGAGGGGUCCUUACAAUGGAUUGCGGAGUGGAGCGAUGUCUAUCCUACUUUUUGGAGCCCAUUAUUCUCAUUUCACCCUUUUGCAAGCAUGCAAUGACAGUAAAGCUCAAAGGAGUUACGAACGCUCCAGGCGAACUAUCGGUGGAUGCUAUCAGGGCGACUUGGCUCUCCGUUUACAACAAAUUUGUGCUUAACGAUGAAAAGCUGGAGUUAAAGAUUAGCGCUCGCGGUCUCAAGCCCGGAGGUGGUGGAUGUGUCACUUUUUCGGCACCAAUUGUUAAAACACUGCGGCCAGUGCAGAGAGAGAAGCAAGGCAAAAUUUGCAAAAUACGUGGUCAGGCCUACGUCACGAAAGUAACUCCUUCGCUAGCUUACCGAAUGAUCGACUCCGCAAAGAAAAUGCUUCAUGGUUACAUUGCCGAUGUUCACAUAGCUGUAGACCAACGGAAAGGAGAUUCCGGUGGAAACUCUCCUGGUUACGGUUUGUUCCUAACGGCGGAAACCACAGAAGGAGUCACAUAUCACGGUGAAGCGAUAUCAAAGCCGAAAGGAGAUCCUGGUGAUCCAAUAGUAGCAGAAGAUGUUGGGACCAAUGCUGCAGCAGCACUUCUUGAGGAAAUCUACAGAGGAGGAUGUUUGGAUAGUUCCGCUCAAAUUUUGGCGAGCUCCUUCAUGGCUCUUGGACAAAAAGAUGUAUCCAAAUUCCUCUUUGGUCCUCUCACAGUGUACAGUGUUCAUGCUUUCCGGAAUUUGAAGUCAUUUUUCGAGAUACAGUUCAAGGUUGAGGAAUGGGAGAGAAUACGAAAGACGGAGAGUGGUAAAGAAGAAGAUGAUAACUUACGGUUAGGUAGUAAUCAGAAAGCGCUUGUUACUGCUCUGGGAAUAGGUUUUAGUAAUCUCAACAAGAUUAUUUUGUGA